AUGAGUUCUUUCACGUCUCAGUUGGCAAGCAUCCUGUCUCCAGGACUCAUUGGCCGACUCUCCUGCGUGGCCACCGUGCUGUAUUUCGUCAUCGCGAUUCUGAGGUCAUGGACUCGCUUGUGGCACUUGCCCGGCCCUUUCCUUUGUUCGUUCUCGUACUGGCCAAUGUUUAGAAUCCGUUGUCGCGGCUCCCGUGCGUUUUCCGAAUACGCCAAGCUCACGGCCCAGUACGGCAAACUCGUUCGCAUAGGUCCCAACGAUCUGAUCACCUCCGAUCCGGUCCUCAUCAGACGUAUGUCGGCGGCGAAGUCAACAUACGAACGCAGUAGCUGGUACAAGGCCACGCGGCUGGACCCGUACCAUGACAUGAUGGGUAGCGUGCUCGACAAGUCCGUCCACCACUCCCUGAGGACGAAACUGUCACCGGGUUACUUGGGAAAGGACAUCCCGGGACUAGAAGCCAGUAUCGACGAGGGAAUAGCCGAGCUCGUCGACCUGAUUCGCCGAAAGUAUACCUCGAGGCCGAAGACUACCGCCGCUCUUCCAGCAAGCGGGGUGGACCAGGUCUCGAGACUUCCGGACUCGAGGCCUGUCGAUUUCGGCCGCCUUGCGGACAACUAUGCGAUGGAUGCGCGAUCGAGGAUGUCGUUUGGUCGUCCCAUCGGGUUGCAGGAAAAAGAUACGGAUGUCUUUGGACUGGUCAAGAUGUCAAACGUGGCGAUAGACGUGCUGCAGUUCUUCACCGACAUUCCUGCGCUGCAAAUGAUCUUCACGUCGAAUCUUGUACUGGGCCUGUUUGGCCCUAAGCCGACCGACUUGAGUGGUUUCGGAAAAAUCAUGGGACUUGCCCAACAGCAUGUUGCAGACCGCUUCGGCCCCGAUGCAAAGGACGAGCCUGACCUACUUGGGUCCUUUCUCCGUCACGGGCUCGACCAACGCUCAGCACAGUCUGAAAUCAUGUUCCCAAUGGUUGCUGGUUCAGAUACAGCUGCGAAAGCCAUCAAGUGGACAAUGCAACACCUCCUCUGGAACCCCUCCACCUAUGAGUCUCUUGAGAAGGAAAUCAUGAGAGCGAAUUCGGAUGGAACAAUAUCAGAGCCUAUCACGAACGCAGAGGCUCAGAAACUGCCCUUUCUCCAGGCCGUCAUUUACGAGGCGCUCCGAGUGCAUCCACCGUUCACUGGUCUGUUGAUGAAGAAGGUCGGCUCCGAAGGCGACGUGUAUGAAGGCACUUUUCUUCCUCCAGGGACAAGAGUCGGACACGACACGUGGUCAGUGACGCACGAUAAGCAACUGUUCGGAGAGGACGCCGACAUGUUCCGGCCCGAGCGAUGGCUUGAGGCCGAUGCUGCCACAGUCAGAGAGUGGAAAAAACAGACCGAGCUGGUUUUUGGUGCCGGCCGGUGGCAAUGUGCGGGUAAGGCGGUGGCCCUCAUAGAGCUGAACAAGGUCUUUGUCGCGCUUAUUCGUAACUUUGAGUUCCUGUCGACGAAUGCUACCAUGUCUGCCGUGAUAAGGAAUCGCGAGUCGUAA